AUGGACGAAUGCAUCACCAAUCACCCCGGAAGCGUUGAUGCGUCCAAGAGCAGCAUAAUAGGCCCUCUUAAUUUCAGCAAGGACGCUUCAACGGAGCCUCCUACUUCAUUGAUGAAUGAGCGUGCAGUGCCAUGCAUGUUCUGUGAUAACGAGUAUGAUUUCCACAGCCGUGAUAAUGGCUCCGACCAGUACCUGGCCCACUUGUAUCUCAUCCAUCGACUAGUCAUAGCCGACGUUAAGGAAAUAGCAUGCUUGGCGAGCUACUGUUUCUACUGGAAGGAGAAAUUCCGCGACGAAUCCGUCGAUAAGUAUUGCUCAUCCAUGCUAAUGAACCAGCUACCGGAUGGAACUAACUCGAAAAAUGAAAAGUACUUCCUACUCAGUGACAUCGAACCGUUAGAUUAUGAGCUUCGACAAAGGUUACGACGGGAGAAGCUGGAUCUGGUGCUGACGCGCCAUCAGUUCGAGCGAACGGAUCGCAACUUCCUGCGCGGUUGUCUUUACUGCCGAGAUUAUCGCUCAGACACUCGUUCCGAGUUCAUAUCACACCUGUACUCGAAGCACUUCCUAUUGCUUGGUAAACCAGAGCACUUGGUGUUUGUGGAUGAACUCGUAGAAAUAGUGGAGGACAAGCUGAACCGUUUGCUGUGCCUGUUCUGCGAGAAGCUCUUCAAAGAUCGACCAACACUAAAAGAACAUAUGCGCAAGAAAGGCCACAAACGCAUUAACCCGGAUAACCACUACUACGAUCGUUUCUUUCUUAUCAACUAUCGGUUAAAGCAGAAGCCAGAAUACGUUCCCAUCGCGCAACGGAAAGAAGAAAGCCGUGUAUUUGCCUCGGAUUCGGAUUCUAACUCUGAUUGGUCCGAUUGGAAUGGCGAGGAGCAGCCAACGACAUGCCUCUUUUGUUCGCACUCCGUAGAUAAUAUAGAUACGUUGAAAAAUCACAUGGUGACAAAGCAUGCGUUCGAUUUCGAUCAAGCGGUCGCCGGAAUGAGUUUCUAUCAACGCGUGAAGGUGGUGAACUUCAUUCGCCGUCAAAUGCACAUACGGAAGUGCAUUGUCUGCGGAGAACAGUUUUCCGAUUAUGAUGCCAUUUGCAGUCAUCUAGUUAGUGCUGGCCAUUGUCGAUUUGAUAAGGAAGCGUGUGCCUGGGAUCAGCCGGAGUAUUUCUUCCCCACGUACGAAGACGACCAGUUUCUAUGCCAUUUGGAAGAAAUCGACAACGAGAAGGACGAUACAACGCAGGAAGAAGGUUCCAUCGUCAUAUCUGAAAGCGUUAAUGCAAGCAUCAACGUUGAUGCUGAGUCUUUGUCGUUGGAAAAUUUUAAACUAUAAUCUAAAAGAAAUGUUGCAACGGCAAGCUGUGGUAGCUAAUCAAAUCAAUGUUUGUGAUAAAAUAAACCAAUUGGUCCACAAUA